AUGCAAGCUAUGUCGGCUACACUUGUCGACACCCUUAUCAACGCAUUGAUGAGCACAGUAAAGAUUCACAUGUGUCCUGUGAAAUUGAUUUGUUUUAAUUCAGACAUUGAUGUACUUGUACAGUGGGACAAGGAUAAGUCAAAAAAUGUGGUCUCAGCCAAAGACUUGAUUUCGCCGUCAAAACUGAAAAAAGGAUCAAAGGUGUCAAUGCUAUGGGGAAAGGAGAAAUGGAACGGCAUAAUAAUAGAAAUUGAAUCGGAAUCCAGUUCAUCAGGCUCUGAAUCUGACGAUAUCCCCAUUGCAACAUACUGUAACACACAUGGAGGUAAGUUUCCGCCAAGACCUUCAAACGAGCACCGUCCAGCAUCCUGUGAUAAUUUCACUUGUAGAAAAGAGGUUUGGGCAGCAUGUCCAACUUGCUUAUGCUUCCUCUGUUAUGAUCAUUUUACAUUAUCAGAUAAAUGUAAUAACCACAAUUCCAAUUUUUCACAGCUUACUUCCAAUACACCAAAAUUCCCUACUGCCAAUGAAGAAGAAACAGAGGUAUUACUGACUACUCCUUCUGAUGUAUGCUGUGAUGAAGUGAUGUUCCCAGCACCUUCAAGUCAACCACCUACCCCAGAGGCCAAUUUUUCAUUUAUACCAACUAUACCUUUAAUUCAUGAUGUUAAUGAAGUAGAUGGGGGAAAUGAUGUCUUUGCUUCUGUCAACUGGGCCUAUUCCUCCACUAUUUUCUGA